AUGGGGUUUAACUUUUCUUAUAUAUGCGACUUGCUUUCGAGCUUGGAUGCAAACAGAACUCUGAAGGCCACAACUACAGGCAAAAGCAGAGAUCCUGAUGUGGCAACUGUGACCAAUUGGUUCCGUGUUCACGAGAAGAAAAUUCACGGAGGAGAUACUGACUACGUUGCUUUACUGUCGUGUCUUUUCCCCGAAUUACGGCCUGACCGCGUUCAUGGCUUCAAAGAGCCAGCCUUAGUUAAAAUUAUAGGGCGCUGCUUGCUGCUUGGAGCUACUCGAUGGCGCGAGCUAGAGGCGUGGAAAACUCCGGGCCGCGGCGAUCUUGGCGAAUGCGUUGAGCGAGUCAUGGCUGGUGCGGAGAAUGAAUUAUUAAAGAACUCCCCUGUUACUGUUGAGGAAAUAGAUUCUGCCUUGACUAAAAUUGCAUCCAGAUGCCGCUUCUCUGCUCCUGAUGUGCGCCGCCAACGUACUGCUAUUCAGGUAGAUGAGGCCUUAAAACCGAUAUUUCGCCAAUUAAAUAGUCGUGAUGCAAAAUGGUUUACUAGGCUGCUUCUCAGGGAAUACACUCCUGUUAAUAUUCCACAGCGAUUGUCCCUGCGAAAGUUUCACUUCAUGCUUCCGGCCUUUCUUUCAGUACAGAGCAGCCUAAAGGGAGCCUUGGAGGCAAUGGAUCACGGACCCGUUAAGAGGUUUCCGCCAUGCCCUGAUCCAGAAUAUGGCCAGACCCUUAUGGAAUUAGCUAUUCCUCAUCUGGCUCCACAAGUUGGAGUCAAGGUUGGGAGGCCGGAAUAUUAUAAGGCUAGAAACCUCAGACACUGCUGCAGAAUGGCUGAUAAGCGACUAAUGAGUAUCGAGAGGAAGUAUGAUGGAGAGUAUUGUCAGGUACAUAUUGACUUGGAGAAGGGUCCCAAAUGUAUCCAAAUAUUCUCGAAGAGUGGCAAAGACUCAACGGUGGAUAGAAAAAAUAUCCAUAGAGCUAUUAAGGAUUCGCUGCGGAUCCGAAAGCCUGGCUGUCGCUUUUCUAAACGAUGCAUACUGGAAGGUGAACUGUUGGUUUGGAGUGAUAUUACCAAUGAUAUCCUCCCCUUUCAUCAUUUACGAAGGCACAUCAUGAGAGCAGGAACUUAUAUUGGCACUGAAAGCGAUUCUCCGCCAGACCCUCGUGAACAUCUAUAUAUCAUAUUUUUCGACUUAUUGCUUCUAGAUGAUAAUGUCGCAUUAUCCAAAACCUAUGGGGAACGAAGGGCUCUACUUAAAGAAGUUGUACAUCCAAUCUGUGGACUGGCUGGGAUUGCAACGCAAUUCAAUAUAGAUUUUUCUGUGCCCAGUGCAUAUGAACACUUAAAAGAAGAGUUCGCUCUUGUCUCGGCCCAGAAAUGGGAAGGGCUUGUUUUGAAGGGAGUGAAUGAGCCGUAUUUUCGAACGUUCUCUCAGGAUACUCGUGAAUUUUCUUGCUGCUGGAUGAAAUUCAAAAAGGAGUCUAUCCCAGGCUUAGGAGAUACAGCUGACUUUAUUCUACUGGGGGGAAGAUAUGAUUCUCGGGAAGCUGCCGCCCUUGGUCACAUUAAAGGAUUAUCGUGGACCUCUUUCUUCGUUGGUUGUCUGGAUGAUGACGUUGACUUGCUCUCACCAAAACCAGCCUUCCGCGUUAUUGAUAUUCUGAACAAACAAAACAUCAACGCUAAUCUGUUCCAAACUCUCAACCAACUGGGGAAGUUCCAAGCUUGUGAUGCUGACUCUGAUGAUGUUCCCUUUUCCUUUCGAGUCGAUCAAGUCAGAAUACCGGAGAUUCAGACAGUAUUUAGGAUACCAUUUAUUGUGGAGAUGACCGGCUUCGGAUUUGAUAAACCUCAAGGUGUUCGAUAUUACUCCCUUCGGUUCCCUCGAAUUGUGAAAAUCCAUUCGGAUAGGGAUUAUGAAGCAGCAGUGUCCUUCAGGGACUUACAAGAACUGGCCCAAAUUGCUAAUGCUGUUCCAGUUGAAGAACUAUCACAAGAAGCUGCUGAAUUGGCUGAAAAGCUCGAUCCAGCUGACAAAAAACCUGAAUAUAUUGUUGAUCAUUCUGAAAACUCAGCUACCACAGUGACAACAUCAAGUGCUGCCAGCUCAUCCCAACCUUUGUUUGCUGGAAACAACCCGAUCAAUCCACAGGAAUCCAAUCAAGUGGCUGUAGUAAAAUCAUCUCAUACGUCUGAGCAGGAGCUCAGCCUUCGAACUCAACGUGGUUCCUCGACUAUCAAUUGUGUCAAUAACCAGGAAAAUUCCAACGAGACGAUGUCAAGCCUAGUUUGCAUCUUCCCAGAUGCCACAGAAACAUCUGGUGAACCGCGCCAUAGCAAUGAAUCACCUAGUCGACAUUUAGCCGAUAUAACUAACUCAAGUGAAGAUAAAUCCACACUCUUCCCGAGAAUUGACUCUUUUCAUAAUAAGCCGCAACUUGCCAAAAGAGCUGCUUUAUAUGAGCCUAAUUCUGGCUUUCCAUCGGAUCGAUUUUCCAUGAACCCAGCGCCUCAGAGAGCCCUUUCCUUCCAGUCAUACCAUUCUCAUAAUAGCAAUAACAAGUGUUCAUUAGAGACUACGUUGACCAGAUCUUCAUCCGAUAUAUCAGGCCGCAACAACAGGCCUAAUGCAAUGAAAGGCUCUCCCAUUUUCAAGCUUCCCGUUUUUCUGGGAUCCUCGCUAUCAGACACAAAAAUAAGCUUACUUCGACGCUACAUACCAUCAUGUAGAUCGUUAAUCUCACCUUCGUCCAUUCCUCGAUGGCUGACUUCACUGGUCUCGUCACAGAACGGCAGUGUCGUGCCAUCACUCUAUGGUAUCAUACUUGUGGACUCUAAUUCCCGUCACUCGUCUAAGGUUGCAGCUGAGCUAAGACAGGUCGGCAGAGCUCUCACCUCAUUACAACAGCAGAAUAAGUUGCCAAAUACUGGUAAAAUUAUAUUCAUGCAUUGGAAGGUUGUUGGGCAAGAGUUCAAUGCGGCAAAGGCUGGUGAAGGCUUGUCUGAUCGAUGGCAGAGAUUCGGCAAAGAUGUCAUAGAUGUAUGUAUUAAAUGGGGUCAUGAGGAAACCCCUGAAUGCGAGAAUCGACAGGAUCAAGGGUUGCCUAAUAGCUCCCUUGGUUCACAAAGUGAGAAGUUACCCAAAAACAUAUGCUGCAGUCGUGAUUGGACGGAGAUUCUGCCGUUGCUACAGCUAAAUCCUCCACGAAAGAGUACUUAG